AUGAUGGGCUCUACUCCAAGAGCUUUACCCACUGGCGGGUGUAACUUUCGUGAUCUCGCCCAGGCCGGUAUCGCCCUCACUUGCGGCUGUCAAAAUUUUGGCGCAGAAAACGAAAAAGGGGAAGAAAAAUCACAGCAUCAGCGGGAGGAGGAGGGGGAGGAGGGGGAGGAAGAAUUAAUCAAUCCCAUAACGAGGGGUUCGGUGGGAAAGAAAUCAGUAGGAUCGGUCGCUUCGGCGAGGAGAAGAAGAAGGAGGGUGACAGUUUUCGAGAAUUUUCCUCUUUUGCUGAUGAUGACAGCGACUCUGACAAGUCUGAGGAGGAUUGUCGAUGUGGUCAUCACGCCUGUUACCACUCCUUUGAAAGAAUUGCCCCGCUCCCUACCCUUCCUGCCCAUCCUCAAUCUACUGGACGGCGUUAUUCUCUUCAGAUAUCCGACACCCAAGCCUCUCUGCGACUCGACAAUUCUGCAUCAAAUGUAG